AAGGUCAUAGUAUUCCACUUUAUCCAUGCAGUCACACUCACACCUCACCUUCCAUCUAAGGUCCACGAACCUGCUACUGAAGCUCCCUUUCCACUGUAUAGUUUCAUAUAUAAACCCUUCCACUCUUUCUUCCACUCUCAUCUUCAAUUCGCUAUACUUUUUCCUAUUCUGAACUCACUUCCAUUAGCUACCAAUGGCUACUUUUGAUGAAGCAUCAGCUCUCGAUUUCAUUAGACAACACCUUCUCAGUGACCACGAAACAUCAUAUUCUGAAUCCAAUCUAUCAGUUUCUGAUUACCUUACCUCUGGGGAACAACCUGUGACUCAUUUCUCAAUAAACUUCACAGUACCGGAAUCCGUUAACAACAGAACCGAAAAAUCUUCCUCGAAGAUCAAUUCAGAGAAAUCAAAGUCCGCUGAAGAGGUGAAGGUACACUACAGAGGCGUACGACAAAGGCCAUGGGGCAAGUAUGCAGCGGAGAUCCGAGAUCCGAAGCGUAAGGGUGCGAGAGUGUGGUUGGGGACGUUUGAUACAGGUGUUGAAGCGGCUAAGGCGUAUGAUAGAGCCGCAUUUCAGAUGCGUGGCUCUAGAGCGAUUUUGAAUUUUCCUCUAGAGGUUGAGAGUUUAAAAGAGGAGAUAACCGGAGGAAAUAAAGCUUUAAUCAUAGCUUCCAGCGAUGGGUGCAGGAAAAGAAUGAGAGAUGAGAAUGAGAUGGAGGUUGUUGUGAAGAAGGAGAGGUUGUUAGAGACGGUUAGUUUGCCGUUAACGCCGUCAAGUUGUAUGGCGGGUUGGGAUUUUGAUUGGGUGAACAUGUCUAACGUCGCUCCCUUAUCUCCUUUUUCUCAGUUGAUGGCGAUUUAAAACUUUGUUUGUGUUGUUUGUAACAUUUUUAUUUUUUUAAUCCACAUUUGUUAAUACCGGCAUUGUAAUUAAUUAAUUUUUAUAUUA